GUAGGUAACAAGUUAUUCGGUAAGUUGGGGUAGGUGAAGAGAAAUCCAAGUCCAAGUCCAUCUUUUAUGCUUCUCCUAUUAUUUUUUUUUUCUUUCAUGAUAAUCAGUUGGUGAGCUCACAGAAGCGAAAAUGAGAAUUUACUCAGCAUUGAUGGAUACCAUCGAGACGUACACGGGGCUGUCACCAGCAGCGUUCUUUACGAUAGCCGCUCUUAUGGUGGUGGUUUAUAAGAUCGUGUGCAGCAUGUUCGUGGACUCGGAAGAGUUCAAUAAACCCAGCAGCAAUUCCUCCACCAAUCAUCAUCAUCAUCAUCUUGCAACACCAAAAGUCUCAGAACCUGUUCACUUAGGAGAUGUUACAGAGCAAGAGUUGAGAGCUUAUGAUGGUUCUGAUCCUAAUAAGCCACUUUUAAUGGCCAUCAAAGGCCAGAUCUAUGAUGUCUCUUCCUCUAGGAUGUUUUAUGGUCCUGGUGGUCCAUAUGCUAAGUUUGCUGGAAGGGAUGCCAGCAGAGCCUUAGCACUUCUGUCAUUUGACCCUCAAGACCUUACAGGGAACCUUGAGGGUCUUAGUGAAAAUGAGCUUGAAGUUUUACAGGACUGGGAGUACAAAUUCAUGGAAAAAUAUAAGAAGGUUGGGCAGCUUGUUUUAGAGAAAACAAGGACUAAGGAACCAGAUGGUGGAGAAGAAGUUGAAGAAACUGCAAACAUGAAAUAGAGGCAGGCAUUUUGAGCACGCCAAAUGCAAAGAGGAUGCAGUAUGUAUUUGAUCAUAUUUCUUAGUCUUUCUUUGAAGUUCGUACGAAGAUGAUGCUCUGCUUGAGAACACGUUGGAUAAUGACUAACUUUGGCUAUGAGACUGUGAGGUAAGUCUUCACCAUUAGUUGAGGUCCUGAUGCUGGCAUAUAGUUUCUUGCAAGCCUAGGUGAAUGUAUUUGUGCUCUUCUCCAUUGCCAUAUGGAAAAAAGCAAAAUGAUAGUGCCUUUGUUUAGAAUACUGGCACAUACAUAGUUUGUUUGACAUGAAACGAUAAGGGGUUUUGCAUUUAAUAUGUUUAAGACACAAAACUAUCUGAUUUCAGCCA